AUGACCGUCCCCGUCGCACCCGCUCAUUCGAACGGCGCAGCAUCUCGCUCCUCGCUAGCCUGUCUGCCGUGCCGCUCGAGACACUUGAAGUGCGACGGAAAACGACCUCAUUGCGAUAGAUGUGCUACCGCCGCGAAGGACUGCCAAUAUGCCCCAUCACGCCGGGGCGGCUUGGAUCGUGUAGCGCUUGCUGAACGAAGAAAGCGCCUUGCCGUCGCAAAUAGUGUCGGCAAUAGCAGUUCCGAGUUACCAACGAGUCUCCCAUCGCAGCAAUCAACAGAUCCACAGAUAUUCGGCCAAGACUCUCUUGCUGAGCUGAACCUUGACUCAAGUAUUUUCGAUGAUGUUAGUCUCGAGAAUCAAAUCCCUACAUCGGCUCCGCCCGCGAACUCGACUAUACGACCAGAUGAUCUCGAGAACGACGCACUUAUAAACGCAUAUUACACUAAUUUCCACAAAUUCCACCCGUUUCUCCUACCGCAGGAGCACUUUACGAGAUUUCGUCAAGAUCCUAACUGGAUAGAACGACUCAGACCACUCAUAAGCACUAUGCAUCUUGUAGGACACAUUUACGCUACCAGAAAAUGGUCUUCAGAGCUUCAAGAUGACGUCGAAAGUCGACUUUCUGAGCCGGCGCCGAACGACCCGGUCAUUGUGCAAUGCCGGCUACUCUACUCCAUAGCCCUGUUCUGGUACAGCCACAAGACCGAGGCCAAGCAUCAGAUGGACCUCGCAGUCCGUUUAGUCCUCGACCUGCAAAUGUUCCAGAAGGAAUUCGCAGCAACUCAUGGAGCCGAGUCUCCUGUGUUGAUGGAAUGCUGGAGGCGGACGUGGUGGAUGCUGUACAUCAUCGAUGCUUACUACGCUGGGACUCUCGGGACAAUGAACUUCGCAGUCGUGGAGGUAGACUCCAGCGUAGAACUACCCUGCACGGAGUCAGAGUAUGAAUCUGGGACUCUCGAAGAGUUCGACCUCCGCGAGUUUGCUUCGGAGGAUACGUCCUACUCUUCCUUUGCAUACCUCAUCGGCGCUGUAAAGUGCACUGCCCUGGCAAUAUCUACGACACCGAAAUUGGUUGCCAGAGAGGACUCUAUGCGUAUGAUUGAAGAAGCAGACUCAAUCAUCGACGGCUGGUCAUUACUGCUGCCAGAAGAUCGUCGCCAUAUCAUGUCCAAGACUGGAGAGAUUGAUGAGCUAAUGUUCCAAGCUCAUCUUUUAAUUAACGUAGCAACCAUCGGUCUACAUCGACCUCUAUCAGACCUGAGAUUCAAUACCGUAGAGGACAUCUCUAGCUGUGCAAGGGAGCCUCCUCAAGAAAAUCCCGAGACGGAGCUUGUCAAUGUGCACACCGUCAGAGUUCUUCGGGCGGUGCAAGCACAGGUGAGACUAUUGGCGUUACCAACUGAACGAUUCCAUCACACUCCAUUCACCACCUGUAUGGUAAGUGAAGGUACAUUGGCGCUGCUAUCGGCCUGCAGUUUUCUGCUCAAGGGAAAAGAGCUCGCUGUCGCGCGAGACCAGAUCCGGAUGACGAUUGGUUGCCUCAAGACUUUGGGGAAAGUGUGGCCCAGAACAGCCAAGAACGUACGGGAGAUCCAGACGAUUGCUCAGCAUGUACUUGGUUUCAAACCCAGGCUGAAAGGGGAGAGGACUGUCACAGAUACUGCCGGAAGCCUUGCCGUGACUGAUAAAGGCGAUGCGGGGAAUUCGAAUUCCCAGACCAAUAUGUCAAGCAGCGAGAGUGAGGUGUUCGCCUCGCUGGGUACCAUGGAUGAUGUUUGCGGCUGGUAUAACAUGGAGGGUUCGCAGCUUUCACAUUGGGUGCAAAAUGACAUUUAG